AGCACAGAGCAGUGUUUAUUAUCAAUGUCGGUUGCCAUGGCAACGUGUAUGUAUGUAGUAUCAUCAACAGUUUCGUCUGUCCAAGAAUAAUAAAAGAUAUAAACUACUAAAAGUGAUACAUACUUGUGCAUCAAUUUAAGUUAGUUUAUAACAAGCGAUUAUGUUGUUUCAUAACCUUAAAGUAAAGGAUGGCACCUACACAAAAACAAUAUAUUCCAUGAUAAAAGACCAACAAUAUAGUGAAGCCCUCCAGAUAUUGAAUGGCGUACUGACUGCAAAUCCUAAUUCCAGAGCUUGCUUGUCGCUGCUAGCGUAUUGCUACUUCUACACUCAAGACUUUGUGAGUGCUGCCAACUGUUAUGAGCGGUUGGUAGCCCUCGUGCCAGAGGAGCAGGACUACCAACUGUAUUAUGCCCAGUGCCUGUAUCAGGCUUGCCUCUAUCAGGAUGCUCUUCGAAUUGUCAGCCAGAUCGAGGACCCUUCCGUACAGCCUAAGGUGCGGAAACUAAAGGCAGCUAUCAAGUAUGGGGAGGAGGAUCUUGUGAGUGCCAAGGUGCUGAUGGAGAGCAGUCCAGAAGAUGAUCCAGACACUGAGAUCAACCAUGGGUGCCUACUGUACAAGGAAAUGCGUUACGAAGAGGCUCUACAGAAAUUUACAACAGCCUUAGUGGUAUUGGGGUACAACCCUCAUCUCUCCUACAACGUCGCCUUAUGCUACUAUAGGCUGAAGGAGUAUGCUCCAGCUCUCAAACACAUAGCGGACAUCAUUGAGCGAGGAAUACGGGAACAUCCAGAGUUGAGUGUUGGCAUGGCAACGGAAGGCAUCGAGGUGCGCAGUGUGGGAAACACGUUGACUCUGCAUGAGACAGCUCUCAUCGAGGCUUUCAACCUCAAGGCAGCCAUAGAAUACCAGCUGAACAAUUUGGAGACAGCCAGGGAAGCAUUGACGGACAUGCCACCUAGAUCGGAGGAGGAGCUUGAUGCAGUCACCCUCCACAACCAGGCUCUCAUGAACAUGGAGUCUAAGCCACAUGAGGGAUUUGAGAAGCUGCAGUUUCUGCUACAACAGAAUCCAUUUCCUCCAGAGACCUUGGGCAACUUGCUGCUGCUGUACUGCCGAUACCAAUGUUUCGACCUGGCAGCAGAUGUGUUGGCUGACAACACUCAUCUCACCCACAAGUAUCUCUCUCCGUAUCUCUAUGACUUUCUCGAUGCUCUAAUAACACAACAAUCGUCUCCCGAGGAAGCGUAUCGCAAGUUUGACGAACUGGCUUCACGUCACACAGAUGUGUUGCGCAAAGCAACACGCCGAGUACAGGAGGCAAGAGAGUCCCACAACGACGCUGCUGUUAAGAAAGCUGUUACAGAAUAUGAGGAUACCCUUGACAGGUACAUCCCGGUGCUGAUGUCUCAGGCCAAGAUCUAUUGGGACCUGGAACAGUACUGGCAGGUGGAGAACAUCUUCCACAAGUCGGUGGAGUUUUGUAACGAGAACGAGACUUGGAGAUUGCAUGUUGCUCACGUCCUCUUCAUGCAGGACAACAAGUUCAAGGAGGCGGCUGGCUUCUAUGAGCCGAUCGUCAAGAAGCAUUACAAUAAUAUUCUGGGUGCCAGUGCCAUCGUGUUGGCAAACCUGUGUGUCUCGUAUAUCAUGACGGCCCAGAAUGACGAAGCUGAAGACUUGAUGCGUAAGAUAGAGAAGGAGGAGGAAAGGCUUGCGUACGGUGAUCCUGAUAAGAAAGUGUUCCAUCUGUGUAUCGUCAAUCUUGUCAUUGGAACAUUAUAUUGUGCGAAGGGAAACUAUGAAUUUGGUAUCUCUCGACUGAUCAAAAGUCUAGAACCUUACAACAAGAAGCUGGGCAUAGAUACGUGGUUUUAUGCCAAACGAUGCAUGCUGUCAUUGAUAGAAAACCUGUCAAAACACAUGAUAACUGCUAGAGAUACAUUUUUUCAAGAGUGCAUUUCUUUCCUGGAACAGUGUGAAGCUCAUGGGAAGGAAGUGAAGACAGUAGCAGAGAAUCCUCUUGAAGAGUCAACUGUUCACAAUGGCAAAGACACAGUUACUUAUGAGGCUAGACACUUGAAAGCGUUGUUCCUCAAACUGCAGAUGUUCUAAAGUAGCAUUUAUAACUGGCUGUCUUGACAAAAAAGAAAUAAAGUUAAAAAAUGUGUUGAAAACUGAA